AUGAAAACUGAAUCACAACUGGUGAAAAGCAGGUUUAACGGAGACAUACCCGCAUCGCCUACAUAUGCCAGUGACCAAGAGUCUCCAAUGAGCGCCAUAAUUUCGGAGAUCCUACUUAAUGGGGUAGAAAAGAGCACCAUCCUCGAACUUCCUUGGUGGCUAGCCUCGACGCUCUUGCAAGUGAACUUUGUCGAUAUUUCACUUCCCCGAGCGUUUAAUCAGCGGUCUCGCGAGGCUUUGCAGAUGGGCCCCUGGGCCACCAAUCUGUGUGAACUCUCUCCAUUUUUCUAUAGAUUUUCCAUCAAGCUACUUCCUGUGUAUGCAAUUCGUUUUCUCAAUGAUUUAGAGUUGCAGAUCCAGUUCCACUGUACCAGUUGGUGGUUCAGGUUGGAUCUUGUUUUUGAUUUUAGACCUUCUUGCAGCGCUCUAAAGAAAUCAUCCGGCUGGCUAUGA